AUGAGGGCAUUCUCCAGCCUCCCGACGUCGCUGGCGAGUCUGAUAGUCGUACAGGCUACAUCACCCGCAGUCUAUAUUCUCAUGCCCAGUGACCCUGCCCUGAUUGCCAUGUCUUCGGCGCUCGAUACUCUCGGGUAUAGCUACUCCGGAUCCACCACGGGCGCCAACGGUGUAGAUCUCAGUACAGAUCCCGGCGCCUACACUAUCCUAUCGCAAGGGACAGCGUACAAAAACAUAUCGCGCGAUAACCCGGAAGCGAGGUUUAUUUUGCCAACUUUCGCCGCCGACUCCCAAUCCUGGCUGGCAUUAUUCUCACAGGAACGACCAGCGGGGAAGGAUGUGCGGUCCGAUGAUGUAGAUUCAAUCCGAACUUUCUUUGCCAGCAAGGAGGGCGCUGGCGCGGGCGCUUCCCAACUCCUCGAAUUGGAUGUUUUUUCAUACGAUUCGCAUACCCAGGCGCAGACUUGGGUCACACUCUGCGACUUCCUUGGGCUAGGGUAUAGCGUAGUAGAGAGGCUGAAGCUGUGGCGCUUUCCGCAAUGA